CCGCGACGCGCAGCUCUUUUGUUGCGCUUUUCCUUUCUCUAUACCUUUUAGAGUGGAGACCGGAGACGCCGACGUUCGAAAAAGACUGCAUCUCAUUAGGUCUUCUUCAGCUGCUUCGAUUCUCGUCGUGGGUGAAGAAAAAGAUAGAAAUUUAUCAGAGGGAUUAGUUAUCUAAAUAAGCAGAGAUCGAUCGUCGCUAAGCAGGGGAUUAAUACAGUUGUGAUAGCUAUGGAUUUCGACUCUGCCGCAAGGGACGGGAAUAAGCGUGUGUUUAAUCGCUUGGGGGGCGCAGCUGAUAAAAUCCAGAAAGUCUGUUACUAUUGGAGGUCUGGGAAUUGUAACAGGAAUCCCUGCUCCUUCCUUCACAGUGAAUUGCAACCACCGCCCAGUAUCAAUGGAAUCUCUUCGAAGCGGCCCCACUGGCCGGCCGAGGACCAAAGUUUCAGUCGCCCUACUUCCAUGUCACGGAGACCUGAUCCCAAUCUACGGUUGGCUUCCAACACCUGGGGCCGGAAUCGUGGUGCUGCAUCCGCUACUGUUCCUCGCAGAACUCAAGACAAAGUCUGCCAUUAUUGGCUCGCAGGAAACUGUAGUUAUGGUGACAAAUGCAGAUAUCUGCACUCUUGGUUUCUUAGCGAUUGUUUUACGUCACUGACGCAGCUUGAAGGUCACCACAAGGUUAUUAGUGGCAUUGCUCUUCCGUCCGGUUCUGAUAAGCUUUACUCUGGAAGCAAAGAUCAUUCUGUACGGGUUUGGGACUGUCAGACUGGGCAGUGUGCUGCUGUGAUUAAUGUGGGUGGUGAAAUUGGAUGUAUGAUGAGUGAAGGGCCAUGGCUUUUUGUUGGAAUUCCAAACCUUGUUAAGGCGUGGAACACCCAAACUGUCUCUGAACUUAGUCUUAGUGGACCAGUUGGACAAGUGCAUGCCCUUGUUGUGGGAAAUGAAAUGCUUUUUGCUGGAACCCAGGAUGGUAAAAUACUGGCAUGGAAAUUUGAUGCUGCAAGUAACUGCUUUCAACCAGCUGCAGCACUUCAGGGGCACAGUCAGGCUGUUGUUUCAUUGGUUGUUGGAGCUGAUAGGUUGUACUCUGGCUCAAUGGACCAUACAAUAAGAGUGUGGGACCUAGAGACUUUACAAUGUAUCCAGACUCUGACAGACCAUACAUCGGUUGUGAUGUCUGUUCUUUGUUGGGACCAAUUUCUAUUAUCAUGUUCCCUUGACAAAACAAUAAAGGUGUGGGCUGCUACAGAAAGUGGCAACUUGGAAGUAACGUAUACACACAAUGAAGAAAAUGGUGUGCUUACGCUCUGUGGAGUGCAUGAUGCACAAGCAAAACCCGUCCUGAUGUGUUCGUGUAACGAUAAUACUGUUCAAUUUUAUGACCUCCCAUCAUUCAGUGAGAGGGGGAAAAUAUUCUCAAGAGAAGAGGUUCGGGCAAUACAAGUUGGUCCUGGUGGGCUUUUCUUUACGGGUGAUGGAACUGGCGAACUCAGAGUGUGGAAAUGGGCCACUGAACCACCGAACCAACCACAAUAACCACCUGAUUGGAAUCAACAGUAGCAUUAUUUGUCAAACCAUCUCUUGUAUAUUUUUUGGGCACGAUUCUUUUGGCCAUAUUUUAUGUAGAUUAAACAAGACAUGCAAUGAAGUUUUAAGUUUUUUGUCCUGCAUAACAACUUUCUAAUUGGAAGGUUUGUGCCUCUGAGAUUAACUUGAUCUAAAAUGUAAAUUCAGUGUGAGCUAAGCUCUGAACCUUUUUUUCCUUUGUUUCUCUUUUUCAUGGUCUCCUGUAUUUUUUUAAGUUCAGUGGACAGUUCUAGUGGGUUUCAGAGAACAACUGUAAAUAAAGUGGUUAACUUUUUUUU